AUGGGGAACCCAAGUAAUACUCAAGUGGGCGUCUCUCGAUCACAGAGUAUAGACGCCGGGAAUGUGUCCAGCUCUGACGAUGAGUCCUUCACGAAACCUACCAAGACAUGGAGGAGUAUGGUGUGGGAUACAUGGGAACUUCCGCCGAAGGAGCGCUGGCUGCUCUUCAAGGUUGAUGCAUUCGUGCUCACCUUUGCGUCAAUCGGCUAUUUCUUGAAAAAUAUCGAUCAGACAAAUGUGAAUAAUGCUUUCCUCAGUGGUAUGGAGGAGGACCUGCAGAUGUUUGGCAACCAACUUGUGACAAGUACAUCUAUCUGGACAGUGGGAUACGUUAUCGGCCAAAUCCCUUGCAACCUACUACUGACCCGAGUCUCACCACGGUGGGUUAUUCCCACUCUGGAAGUCGGAUGGGGUCUUGCGACAAUCUGUACAUCUGCAGUAAAGAAUUACCAGGCUCUUUACGCUUUGCGAUUCCUGGUCGGCUUUUUCGAAUCUGGAUUCUACCCCGGAAUCCACUACAUGCUUGGAUCCUGGUACAAACCACAAGAGAUUGGCAAGCGGGCGAUGAUCUUCUGGCUAGCUGGAUCAGUUGGCUCUCUUUUCAGUGGUUUCCUCCAGUCUGCUGCUUACACAAAUCUCAACGGAACAAAUGGCUAUGCCGGAUGGCGUUGGUUGUUUAUCAUUGAUGGAAUCAUUACUCUCCCGCUUGCUGUUGCUGGAUAUGUCUUCUUCCCUAAUCUGCCCCAAGGGGGUAAGAAAACAUGGUGGACUACCGAAGAGGAGCACCUCCUCUCGAUCAAGAGAAUGGAUGGUAUUGGACGUGCUGGCAAAUCUCCGUGGACAAAAGCGAAAGCAAAGAAGAUUCUUCUGAGUUGGCGCACUUAUCUACUUCCUUUCCUUUAUAUCGUCUGGAAUAAUGGUAUUCCUCAGCCAAGUAUGGGCUAUUGGCUGAAGAGCUUCAACAAAGACCCUCCCCCAGUUCCUGGAACUUCAUACUCAGUGCCACAGAUCAACAACUUGCCUCUUCCAACGACCGCUAUUUUGAUUGGUAUGGGUUUAGUCUGGGCAUGGGUUUCAGAUGGACCAUGCCGUGGUGCUCGGUGGCCAUUUAUCUACAUCGGAGCCGUUAUCACACUCAUCAUCAGUUCUCUGUUGCUCAAGCUACCUUUGUACACGGGCAUGAAAGGCCGCAUGGCUGUAUACUGGCUGGCUAAAGUCGGAGAAGGUGCAGGUCCAUUGAUUUUGAGCUGGAUCAACGAGAUCUGCUCUGAUGAUACCGAAAUGCGAGCUUUGCUUGUUGCAAUGGCUAAUGACCUGGCCUAUGUGGUUCAGGCAGUGGCGCCUAACUUUGUUUGGAAAACUACGGAUUUCCCCCGAGCUGCCAAAGGGCAUACUUACUCCAUCGUGCUUCAAGUGUUACUGAUUCUUACUACUGGUCUAAUCCAACUCCUGCUAUGGCGUGACAAGAAGAAGGCCUCGAGGACGGAUACGGAGUCACAGGCAGUCACCUUUACGGAUGCACCGACCAUUGAUGCCCACAGGAGAGAGGAACCUGAAGAUGGUAGGGACAGAAAAACUCCCAAUAACUCCAACGUGAAGUACGUCGGGACCUCCUAG